AUGUCUGUGAGCCGAUAUCAGAAUGAUGUCUACGAAUCAUCUUCAUCGCCUGUUCUGUCGUCAACGGAUGAUCAGUGCUCUUUAAUUGAUGAGGGUUAUUGGCAUGAUAAUGAUUUGGUGUUGGCUGCUGAAUUGGGCAAAGCUCUACUGGACAGAAAUCGUAAACUUGAAUUAGCUUUAGAAAAGUCAAAAUUUGUUGAACGUGAAAAAAGUGCUGAAAUUGAGUUUUUGAUAAAAGAAUUAACAAAUCUACGUGAAUUGAGUAAUCGUAAAAUGGAAUUUGUUGAUGAAGCUGAUCGGUAUAAUCAAGAAUUAAGCAACAGCAAUCGUCAAUUGAUGCGUAAAAUAUCUGAAGGUCAACAGAAAAUUCAACGCUUAUCCAAUACAAUCGCAUCAUUAGAAGACCAAAUAGCUGGAUUAACGGAACAUUUGAAAAAAUGUAAAUGUCAAGCAAUGAUUACUGAGAAACGAUCCGCCUAUUAUUCGCAUUCUUCGCCUAUGUCUACUUAUCGACGUCGAUCUAGCCGACAUUCUAUCUCAUCAUCCUCGUCGAUAUCGUCGUCAGCGACAGUAUCAUCUAAAAAAAUGACUAGUGUUGUUAGCGCUACUACUGCCCCUACUAAUAACAAUAAUAAUAAAAUAACAUUAAUAAAAGUAGUAUUGAUAAUGAUAAUAACACAUUUUUCACAAGACAUUGGAAUAGAUCUUUGCGUUCUAAAAAUUAUUUUCUAA